ACCAUUGCCAUCGCCACUAAUAAAUGGCGGCCUCCAUGAUACUUUUAUUCUCCCGUUCUCGGAUGUCCUAAUUUGCUUUCGCUUUUCGUUGUCAGGCCCCUAUACAGCUACAGUAUGUUAAAACAUUGCCAUAAAACUGCAGCGGCGUCGAAAUAUCUCCGAGCAUGCAUAAGGACAUCGCGCUGCUGCAAGAGCAGCCUGACAAGCGAGCAGAAGGAUGAAAUCGCUAGGGGACCUGGCCUGGCUGAUUUUAUUGCUGGUGCUAUUCCUAGAGGAAGCUCAUUCAAGGACUACAAGGGGAAGCUCAAGCGCGUUCCAGGAGAAACAGAAAGGUUGAAGCUACCGCCAUGGCUGAAGGUUGACAUUCCUAAAGGAAGCCACUUUUCUCGAUUGAAAGGAACGCUGCGAGGCAAGAAGCUACACACAGUAUGCGAAGAGGCACGUUGCCCUAACAUCGGAACCUGCUGGAAUGGAGGCCCAGAUAAUGUUGCCACAGCAACAAUCAUGGUCUUGGGCGACACAUGCACAAGAGCCUGCAGGUUUUGUUCUGUCAAAACUGCCCGCCGCCCACCCUUGCCAGAUCCUGAUGAGCCUGAGAACACGGCUGAAGCAAUUGCAGAAUGGGGCCUGGAGUAUGUUGUAAUAACAUCGGUUGACAGAGAUGAUUUACCCGAUGGUGGCUCAAACCAUUUUGCCGAGACGGUUCGAAGGAUUAAGCAAAAGAGACCAUCCAUUCUCGUCGAAUGCUUGACUGGUGAUUUUGCUGGUGAUCUCAAGGCUGUAGAAGAGGUGGCUUGCUCAGGCCUCGAUGUGUACGCACACAACAUUGAAACAGUUCCUGAAUUACAAAUGUAUGUGAGAGACAGAAGAGCGAACUUUGACCAAAGUCUCAAGGUGCUAAAGCAUGCUAAGGAGGUAAACCGAAGUGUCCUAACAAAAACCUCACUGAUGCUUGGCUUUGGAGAGACCGAUAGCCAGGUCGCAAGGGCUAUGGAAGCUGUCCGCGACGCUGGCAUCGACUGCUUCACACUGGGUCAAUACAUGCAGCCUACAAAAAGGCACCUUAAGGUGGUGGAGUAUGUAACACCCGAGAAGUUCAUGCACUGGGAAGACUUUGGAAAUAAGCUUGGGUUUCUUUACACUGCCAGUGGACCACUGGUUCGUUCAUCAUACAAAGCCGGUGAAUUCUUCGUGACAAACUACUUGAAAAAGAAGAGGCAAGAAAUGGAAUCACAGCCACAAUAGGUCACGUUAUAGUCAAAUAAACUGUGUUGCACGAACAA